GGUCACCAACGUCCUGAGAGACUUGGGCUGGUCACAUGGUCACCUCCCCUUGGAAUCUGUUUUUCCAUCUCUGCAGUGAAGCAGUGACUGACUGAUCAUUUGCAAGGACAUCGCCUGCUCUGAAGCCGUGUCUCGGACGCUAGAGUUCCAGGUGCCGUCGCAGACGUCUGGCCAGGACACGGGGAGCUGAAAUGCCAAUGGCCCUGGAACCAGCUCUCCCUCAGCCCGACUCAUCUCCGCUUGAGACUUGGGAGUGACCCCGGCUUUCCCUGACGUGCCUGGGUUUGCGCCUACUUCUCUCUCCCCCAGAUGCUCACGCCCAGAGGAUUCUCUCCGAUGGCACCGGGCUGCGGAAGGAGCUGAGGAGCCAGACCCAGAGGCAGCCAUGGGGACCUGUGCUGUGGAGACUGAUGCCAACAUCUCCUCUGGCCUUGAGAGCAACACCACGGGCAUCACCGCCUUCUCCAUGCCCGGCUGGCAGCUGGCACUGUGGGCUGCGGCCUACCUGGUCCUUGUGCUGGUGGCCGUGACGGGCAACGCCACGGUCAUCUGGAUCAUCCUGGCCCAUCAGAGGAUGCGCACGGUCACCAACUACUUCAUCGUCAACCUGGCCCUGGCCGACCUCUGCAUGGCUGCCUUCAACGCUGUCUUCAACUUCGUCUACGCCAGCCACAACAUCUGGUACUUCGGCCGCGCCUUCUGCUAUUUCCAGAACCUCUUCCCCGUCACGGUCAUGUUCGUCAGCAUCUACUCCAUGACCGCCAUCGCCGCAGACAGGUAUAUAGCCAUCGUCCACCCCUUCCAGCCACGGCUCUCAGCCCCUGGCACCAGAGCGGUUAUUGCUGGCAUCUGGCUGGUGGCCCUGGCCCUCGCCUUUCCCCAGUGUUUCUACUCCACCAUCAUCAUGGACCAGGGAGCCACCAAGUGCGUAGUGGCCUGGCCCAAAGACAACGGUGGCAAGGUGAUCCUUUGGUACCACCUCGCCGUGAUCGCCCUCAUCUACUUCCUGCCCCUCGCGGUGAUGUUCUUCGCCUACAGCGUCAUCGGCUUCACGCUGUGGAGACGCGGGGUACCCGGGUACCAUGCUCAUGGCGCCAACUCCCAGUACCUGCAGGCCAAGAAGAAGUUUGUGAAGACCAUGGUGGUGGUGGUGGUGACGUUUGCCAUCUGCUGGCUGCCCUACCACCUCUACUUCAUCCUGGGCAACUUCCAGGAGGACAUCUACUGCCACAAGUUCAUUCAGCAGGUCUACCUGGCGCUCUUCUGGCUGGCCAUGAGCUCCACCAUGUACAAUCCCAUCAUCUACUGCUGCCUCAACCGCAGGUUUCGCUCUGGAUUCCGGAUCGCUUUCCGUUGCUGCCCAUGGGUCACGCCAACCGAGGAGGAUAAGAUGGAGCUGACUCACACGCCCUCUCUCUCCAGGAGGGUCAACAGGUGUCACACUAAAGAGACUUUAUUCAUUAGUGGGGAUGUGGUCCCAUCUGAGGCUACCAGUGGGCAGGCUGGGGGUCCCCCAGAUGGGGUGCCUCCUGAAUCCUGAAGCCUUGUGCCUGGCUGCAGGGUGAGGCUGACACCCUCUGAGAAGCAGCAGGUCAAGAGACGAGAUGUAAAAAUCUGGCCCAUGCCUCACCCUUCAACACGUGGAUGGAAAAACAAGACGGGUCUGGGAACUCUACAGCGGAUGCUAACUUUAAGGGGACCCAGCCUUCCCUCUCAGUGCUUCGGGGGACCCAAUAGGAGCCAAAGACGACAGUCUGAGUGAACACAUCUAAUCCAGGGGCAAGCUCAGACGCCUUCCUGGGCAUUCAACAUCAUGUGUAAACUGGACCCGGUAUAAGAGGAGAAGUGCCAAUAUGACGAUAAAAGGCCAUUGGUUUCCAGUGUUGGGGUAACCGGGAAUAGUGGGGACUGUGGCAAAUGAGAGGACCUAGGUAUCCAACGAGGACAGUAGCUGAUCGGCUCUGGACAAAUGCUGCCAUGUGGUAGUGGGAGCUCAUUGCUGCCAGAUCUUCUAAAUCCAGAGAAGCCAGAAAUCCAAAUGUGUGAGGCUUCCGGACUGGCUGCAUUCGGCCCACGUGUUUAUAAAUGUUGGGUAAACAAAACGAAACUCACCUGUGGGCAGCACCCAACAAGACACGGAUUCUUCUCCGGCGAAAAGGUCAGAAGGUGCUUGUUCGGCAAAGCGGCACCUACCUGGUGUGAGUCAAUCCGCGGCCUCUCUGCUCAGCAUCUAAGAACUCAGAUCCAGCCCGGUAGAGAUGGUGGUAGAGUCCAAGGAAUUGAAAACUGGGGAGUAAAUAGGAAGCAAAGGGCGCCCCAGCCGUGCUGCCUCAGACAAGUCACUCGGACCCUCGGCUCCUCCCCCCCCACCUCACCCCCCCGUGCGGUGUGCGGGGAGGAUGGUGCCCAUAAACUACCAGGCCAAGCACAGGUUAAGUGCUUAAUGGACAGCAGCCGUGGUCUUCGUUACUGGCAUGCCGGCCGUUUUACAUGAAUGGGCAACACAACUCUCACCCCCACUUCCACAGCAAG